GCUAUGGCCACUUCAUCAGUGCUCGCUAACAAUCCAAUUUCGACACUAGCAUCAGCGGUUGCUGUGAAUUCCUCGUCAUCGUCAACAACAACUACCUCACCUACUUUAAUUUCAACACGUAAACGCACCUACGAUACUGCUAUCUCAAUGCCCGCUGUCGCAACAAAAUCUCGAGGAGCAACUGCUGCUGUGGCUAAAGCAUCACUUGCUAACAAAAUGAAUGCGAAUGGUAAUGAUGUUGCGCUCAAUGAUAUACUUGUGGAUGGUGUCAGUACAGCAACUGCUGCAACAACGAACAAAGAUUAUACACGCACAGUUUCACAAUGUGAACCGGAUGAGGAAGCGUCCGGCUCAUCGUCUGCAUACUAUGAUAGUCCUGUUAAGAAGGAGUACUUACCGGUGCCACAGCCGUUGCCUACGAUCAGUAGUGGUUCAUCAGAUUUUGCGACAAUUUGUAAGCCAGCACCAUUGUCCACCGACGAAGAGGCUGUUGUGGAGCGGGAGAAAUGUGACUACAAUUAUAAAAUCACCUAUCAAAUGGCGCGGUCUGGCCAAACGAAACGACGCGUACGUGUCUACGCCGAUGGCAUUUAUGACCUUUUCCAUCAAGGUCAUGCCAGACAGCUAAUGCAGGCGAAGAACAUUUUCCCAAAUGUUUACUUAAUUGUGGGUGUGUGCAAUGAUGAGCUAACACACCGCAUGAAGGGGCGCACUGUUAUGAAUGAUCAAGAGCGAUACGAGGCGUUACGUCACUGCCGCUAUGUGGAUGAGAUUGUUCCGGAUGCCCCUUGGACUCUAUGUGAUGAUUUUAUUGCAUCGAACAAAAUUGAUUUUGUUGCGCACGAUGACAUUCCAUACACUGGCGCAGGCGUGGAAGAUAUAUACGCGCCAUUGAAGGCCAAAGGCAUGUUUGUUGCCACCGAACGCACAGAAGGCGUAUCUACUUCAGAUAUUGUCGCACGUAUUGUCAAAGACUAUGACUUAUAUGUACGCCGGAAUUUGGCGCGUGGUUACUCGGCUAAAGAUUUAAAUGUCUCAUUCCUUUCGGAGAAGAAGUUUCGAUUCCAAAAUAAAAUGGAUGAGUUAAAGAAUCGCGGACGACGCGAACUGAACAAAGUGAAGGAUGAUAUCAUCACAAAAUGGGAGGAGGCAUCUCGUGACUUUAUCGAUGCAUUCCUUCUACUUUUCGGACGCGAACGUCUAAAUCAUUUGUGGAACGAAUCUAAGGGCAAAUUAAUCCAGGCGCUCAGUCCUCCCGGUAGUCCAAGUGGUUCGAUGAAUGGUGACGAUGAUGAAGACGAUUUUGAUUAUGAUGAUGAUGAUGAUACCGACUUCGCAACUGUACGCAUGCCGGCUCCUGCUGCGAGGAGUCGAGUCACAGAUAGUCCUACAUCACGUGGUAAAACCGAUCGUGGAGCCGAUUCUGCCAAGGCCACCAAGGUGACAACACAAGUGAACGACAAUGACGACGAGGAUGAUGAUGGCGAAUAUGAGCAUAGAAGUAAUUAGAGUAAUACGAUACCCAAAUAUUUCGUAGGUAAUAUUAUUAUUGUAACGCAAAAAAUGCGAAAUGAAAAGCAAAUUAUAAUUACAUUAAAGAAUAACAAAUACAAUUAUUUGCAUACAUGCAAAUGUCUUUGGAAAAUAUGAAA